UUUAGUUACAACAUUAUAUAUGACACUUGCAGAGCCCCUAAACAAUCAGAGGCAGACAUGGCAUCAAGGAAAACUUUCAACCUUGUUCUGCCCAUUUUGUUGAUGAAUUGCUUUGUUCAGCUUGGUCAAUGUGGUAGGCCACAUAACGCAGAAGAAAGAGAGGAUUUGGUCACAGCAACUUGCAAGCACACCCUUCAUUUUCAAGUAUGCAUUUCUUCCUUGAGAUCAGUCCCUGGCAGCAGCAAGACAUCAGAUCUAAAAGUGCUUGCUGAGAUUGCAUUGAAUCUGACCACAACAUAUGCUGCAGAUACUUUGUCCUAUGUCUAUCAGCUGCAAUCUUCUUCUGCUUCAAAUGGCUCCAAUAACAAUUACGUGUCCCGUUGCUUAAGUGACUGUGUGGAGGAAUACUCAGAAGCCAUAGAGAACUUGCAUCACUCAAAACAUGCACUUGCAAAUGGAGAUUGUGACAGAGUGGAUACGUUGGUUUCUGCUGCUAUGUCAGAUGCUGAGACAUGUGAAGAUGGCUUCAAGGACAUGCAAAGUGAAGACAGUGAAUAUUCCAACUCUCCUCUUACUGAACGUAAUCGUUACUUCUCUCAACUCUGUAGUAAUGCUCUUGCCAUUUCAAAACUACUAGUUUGAGUCAAUCUUGUUCUUCCAAGGUGCUGUUAAUGUUAUAUUAUGUUAACAAUGA